GCAGUGGGUUUCUGCCGGCUGCUCGCGCCGCAACUACCUUGCGUCAGUCAACUUGCCGAGCAUCGGGGUCUCUGCACCAUAGGUUGUCAGUGGUGUGCGUAUGCUGCGCUGACGCCGAUAAUAAACGAGCUGCAAGAAUACUUUAGUGUACCUCAUUUGGACAAAGAACAGUUUCAUAAUAGUAUGAAAUUAACAUAUUAGCCAAAUUUCCAGAUACUUUUAACACGUCUCUCAUUGCAUAUUACCCCAAAUGGCAGGAAUUUUAGAAGCGUUUCUAUUGUGUGCUGUCAUAUCUUGGCUUUUCUUCAAGUGUGGUUUGCAAGAAAUGGUGGAUGUUGUUGCAACUCGGCUUCAGCAGUUGAAUAUUCAGUGGGAACAGAAAUGGAAACCACACAACAAAUUGGCCAAUGUAGAAGCCUUUAGAGAUCAACAGAAACAUUCCUUUGCAAGUCUAAGACGUUAUGGUUACCAAGAACGUAAUCGUCAACGUUUGGCCAUCAGGGACAACAUCAGGAUUACCCUGAAUAGAAAACAGUUUCUUAUUAAGGAAGUCCCGUGGGACAUCAAGCUGAGCUGUAAAGGAAGACCAUUCAUGGGUCUGUGUUGCAGUACAUGUACACCGACCAGUCAGCAAAAUUAUUCAAAACCGGCCAAAUUUAAUAAUGUACGUGACGUUCUUCUGGCAAAUACUGCCGAAUAUAGAAACGGAUUCUUGUCAAGAAACCUUUGCCACCUCACAACUGUGUGGAAUCUUAAAAAAUAUGAAUACCCAUACAUUUAUACAAGUGUAUUACGCGACGAAAGAUUACAACAAGCAUGUGGAAUGGCAGCAGAUCAAGACAUGAGAGAAAUGAGCCAGAAGAGUGAAGACAUAUAUCAGAAGCUUGUAAAGAAACAUGAAAAAAGGGCUGCUCAAAUUUUAUGCAACAUGUGUUCAACGUUAUCAGAUUUUCUACUAAGGUUAACUUCAUGGGUGCUGUACAAAUUACUGCCCUGUUUCUUGACACGGAUUGUGGCACAUCCGGGACAAAUUCAGAUGUUGCAUCUGGCAAGUAGAAGAGGGGUGCCUCUCAUUUUUCUUCCACUACACCGCAGUCACUUAGAUUACAUAUUGAUUUCUUUUAUUCUUCUCAACAACAAUAUCCGUUCACCCCUAGUUGCAGCUGGAGAUAACCUAAACAUUCCUGUGUUUGGAUGGCUCUUGAGAGGCCUAGGAGCAUUCUUUAUUAAGAGACGAAUUGAUCCAGCAGUUGGUCGACGUGAUAUAAUAUACCGAGCAGUUUUACAUACAUACAUGAUUGAGUGCCUUCGGGCGGGUCACAAUAUGGAAUUCUUCAUUGAAGGUGGAAGAACUAGAACUGGAAAACCAUGCUUUCCUAAAGGGGGCCUUUUAAGUGUCAUUGUUGAUGCAUACAUGGAUGGCACAAUUGAAGAUGCUCUACUUGUGCCAGUGAGUGUAAAUUAUGAGAAACUUGUAGAUGGCAAUUUUGUACGAGAGCUUCUAGGCCAACCCAAGCAGAUGGAAACAUUCACUCGUGCAAUUCGUGGCAUCUGGAAAGUUCUGAGUUCAAACUAUGGAACAAUGAGAAUAGAUUUCAACCAACCUUUCUCGUUGAGGGAACUUGUGCAGUCAUUCCAAUCACUUAACAAGCAGAAAUCAAAAUUCUUUUCUGACAACAUUGGAGAUAACACAUAUAAUCAGUACCUGAGUCCAAGUGAUGGUAAUGCAAACAACUUGACCAUGGAAUGCAACAAAAAUUUCCAUUCGGCUCCAUCAAGCACUUCACUUUAUGGUACGGACUUUGUUGAUGAAGAACAUAGGUUGCUGGUAGAAAGUAUUGCUAGGCAUAUCCUAUUCGAUGCCAGUUGUUCCACAGCAGUCAUGUCUACCAAUGCAGUAGCAUUUCUGCUGCUGGGAAAAUUUAGGACUGGCGCUACUGUUUGUCAGCUUGUUCAAGAAUUGGACAGGUUACGUGAUGACCUACAUCUUGCUGAAAGAGAUACAGGUUUCUCGGGACAUUCCGUUGAUGUCAUUAAUCAUGCUCUUGAACUUCUGGGUCCUGGCCUCGUUAGAAAAGACAGACGAGUGGUUUCUUUAGACGGCCAGUCAGAACCAGAACCUACUGUUUUUAUUGAGCCAGUUACUAUGCUGCCUAAUGUUAUAGAACUGUAUUAUUAUAGCAGUGCAUUACUUCCAUUCUUUGCUGUGGAAGCUGCACUAGGUUCUUCCCUUUGUUCUCUCAUACAAUGGGAGUGUCAGUCACCACAAACGAAACAGAUAUCUGAAGAAGCUAUCAUACUGCGGGCCUAUGAACUGUGUAAUAUACUUCAGUUUGAAUUCAUCUUCUGCAAACCUUGUCAGAUGUUGGAAAAUGUCAUCAUUGACAAGCUAGACAAUUUCAAGUACAAAGACAUUUUGUCACAGGAUAUAGUAUGUUACACAGAAGAGCAGGAGAGGAGUCGAAGACUAGCAAGAUACAUUUUGCCAGAUGAUAGUUCAGAUGAAGAAUCAUACACAAAGCCUACACAUUAUGUGGUAAAUCUUGAUGCAAAAUCCAUAGAGCAUCUGAGAUAUUUUGAAGGUCUUUUAAGACCAUUGAUCGAUACAUAUGCUAUUAGCGCAGAAGUUCUGAGUCGCCUUGUAGGCCGGCAACUGCUCGAGAAGGAACUGGUUCAAGAAAUUCUAGCAGAAAUCAAAACACAGAUUGACCUUGGUCACUGCUUUCAUGAGGAAAGUUUGUCUGUUGAACUUGUGAAGAAUUCGCUUAAGUUGUUUGAACAUUGGGGUCUGCUGGAGUGCCAUACACAAGAAAAAAUCAAAUUAUAUUAUUUGAAAGAAGAAUUUGAUUCCGAACAUCAAGUGCAGAAAAUUUUUGACAAGAUUCAAAAAUUCAGGAUCAUCAAGAGAUGAACUUAGCAUCACGUUUGUGCAGUAUAUAUAACAUUACAGUGAUUCAAAACUGUUCAGUUCAAUUAAGGUUCUUUAUUUUUCCUCCUUUGCCCAUUGUCAUCUAGGUUUUACUUUCCCUGAUGAUAUGUAAAAUCAAGAAAUUGUUGUACAUACACAACCAUAGACAUAAUUUUUGCAGAUUAUCAGACACGAUUUUCUGCUAUAAAAUCCAUUAUUGAUUGCAGAUUCUGCAGCUUUAACGGAAAAAGUCCUGUAUCUGAGAUAUGUAUUCUUAGAGAAUGGAAUAAUGUAAAAUAAUUGUCCUCAGUGGCAUAUAUUUUGUGAGAGUUCUCACAGUUGUACAUACUUAGAAUAAUUUUAAAUACAGUACAAUAAAGUUUAUAUUUUGUUUGUA